AUGAAAAGAAGAUGUUAUUUCUAAAAAUAUGAGAAAUUAUAAAGCCCAGAUGAUCUCCUUAACAGGCUAAACAAUGAAGCCACAAGACCAAAGUUCAUUGAUUACAUAAAAUAAAAUGUGAGUAAUACAGAAAAAUAAAAAUUGAUCAAACAAAGGGUCUGCAAGUCACAGGAUCCAUUAAGAAAUGUUAAGAUGGAUAAAACAACAUUACUAUAAGAAUAUUAAAAAUUCUUAAACCCAGAAAACUUAGCAUAUGCUAGGAUUCAAAAAAUUGAUGAAUCUCAAGAAAUUAACAACUCUCUAUAAUAUAAAGUAAAUUUUUCUAAGAUCCUCACAUUUAAAUAUUAAGUAAUAAGUCCAUUUUGA